GAGCGUCGGGGGCACCUCGGGGACGCGGCGACAGCGAUGAACGGCGACAUCCCGGGCAGUGGUGACGAGCGGUGACGGUCCGGAGCGGCGGGGACAGUCUUCUUCCUCCAUCAUCCCAGACACACUGGGCUCCCAGCCGAGGCCAUAAACCUAUCAGCUUGUGCCAUAAAACUCCACUAACUUUAUGACUCCUUGUGACUCCAAAGUGCAUCUUUGUUUCAGACAAGGACUCUGGUGCCUCACCCACUGGUGGCCUGAGAAGAAAGGAUGAUCUGGAAAUAUCACAGCUCUGCUGCUAGUAAGGAGGCCAGUGCUGAGGCAGGCGUGGAGCAGAGCACAUCACCUCCUCCAAGUCAUCACCACCAGCCCUCAUCUCCCAGUCUGUUCUUUACCUCCUUGGUGAGACUUCCAGAGCCUUUUCAAUGUAUAAAAUGGAAUAUUCUUACCUUAACUCCUCUGCCUAUGAGUCCUGUAUGGCUGGCAUGGACACCUCGAGCCUGGCAUCUGCCUAUGCAGACUUCAGUUCCUGCAGCCAAGCCAGUGGCUUCCAGUACAACCCUAUCAGGACCACUUUUGGGGCCACCUCAGGCUGUCCAUCCCUCACCCCAGGAUCUUGCAGCCUUGGAACUCUCAGGGAUCACCAGAGCAGCCCUUAUGCAGCAGUUCCCUACAAGCUGUUCACUGACCAUGGUGGUCUCAAUGAGAAGAGGAAGCAGAGGAGGAUCAGGACCACAUUCACCAGCGCCCAACUAAAGGAGCUAGAGAGGGUGUUUGCUGAAACCCAUUAUCCUGACAUCUACACCAGAGAAGAGCUGGCUCUGAAGAUAGACCUCACUGAAGCCAGAGUACAGGUCUGGUUCCAAAAUCGUCGGGCGAAGUUCAGGAAGCAGGAAAGAGCAGCAGCAGCCGCAGCUGCUGCAGCCAAGAAUGGUUCCUCUGGGAAGAAAUCCGACUCCUCAAGAGAUGAUGAAAGUAAAGAGACCAAGAUCACCGAUCCUGACAGUACUGGGGGCCCAGGUAAUAACCCCAACCCAACCCAAAGCUGCGGUGGUGGCCCCAGCCCUACAGGAUCGCAAGGGUCUGUUGUCCCAACAGAACAAGUGAAAGGAGUGCAAGGACCUGGAGGCCUGUCUUCUGCAUCUGUGGUAGGGGGCACUGGAGGGGCACAAGGCUGGGCCACUGGGCCAGGUGGUACCAUCACUUCCAUCCCUGACUCCUUAGGAGGUCCAUUUGCCAGUGUGUUAUCCUCCCUACAGAGACCCAACAGUACCAAAGCCACUCUAGUCAAGAGCAUGUUCUGAACUCCCCAGCAUGAUCACUAGUGCUGAGAUCUGCAAGGUCAGUCGCUGCCUGCUGUUACUGUUCUUAGUACUCAGAAUGACAAUGACGAUGAUGGGGGGGCAUCUGUUCACCUCAGCUACAUUACCUGUCCAGGACAACUCAAAACCAGGCUCAUCCAGCAGGUGGAACCACAUCUGGGGGGACUCCAUGGAUCACACAGGUGAAACUUGGCUUCAGGGAAAGAAGGUUGAGUGCAGACUCCAGCAGAAAGUGUCAGAGACUGGUACUAGGGCUGAUAGAAGACCACCCAGUAUGAAUGGUUUGGUGAGGAUGCCAAAAGCCUGAGCACCCAGCAGUAGAUCCUCUCUAGACCUCCAGAAAAUCAUCUCAAAAAAGGACAAUUUUUAGCUGUAUAGACAAUUUAACUCCUUCACUGCCAAAAGGACAGGUCACUGAGGCAGUGGAAGGGUUAAACAAGGCACCGAAGACUCCGCACCCCUCUCCUUGUCUGAUAUAUGAAUUAUUAGCACUAUGUUUAAACUGCUUAUCCCCCUGUUUCUUCUGGUUUAGCACAUUCGUACAUUAUGACUAUUCUUUGCUGGACUCUACAUUGACAGAAAUGAUUUGCACUGUGCUGCAGGAUCUGAUUCUGCAUUGGGUGUAAGAAGAAUCUAUUUAUUACAAUUACACAUUCAAAUGGUUGUUUGUUUUAUGUUUACGUUUUUUAAAUUCAUUUUAAAAGGCACAAGACCUCUAGAUAUUAGGUGGAUGUUGAUGCUUUCUAUUUGUGUCUUUCCCAGCAGUGUUAUAAUGUGACAGUUGUUUGGUGUUAUUAUAAGUACACAAUGUCGACAAUUGUUAAAGUAAAUGAUGUGGAAUCCUUAGUCUAUAUAAUGUCUCCAUGGAGAAAAGGAUCUGGGUCCUCUAAUGUUUGUUUGUCUGUUUGUUUAUUCGUUGACAUUUUUAUUUAUUUCCCCUAUUUUUUUUAUUCAAAUGGAUUUCACACAUUUUAUUAUUAUUUUAUUUAAUUUUUUUUUACAUUUUUGUUCUAAGAAUCUGCAUGUUGUCUUUUAUUUUCUCCCCAGUCCUGAGCAUAUUAACCAUGAUGAUUGAAUGUUCAGGGUUCACUUAUUUAUAUGUAGUUAUUAUGAAUGCCUAUUAAAAAAAAGGGACAUUUUUUUUACAUGUGCAUUUUGUUUUCCAAAAGAAAAGUGUGCCAUUUAUUUGAUUGUUGAUAAUAAAAGAUGAA